AUGUCCGAUCAGAGCGAAUACCUUUCCGAGUCCAUGUCUGACCAGGACAGCAACAGAUUGAGGCCGCUGUCUAAUGCAGACGACUUGUCUCUCGGAAACCAUAACAACGGCGACCUGUCUCGUAUCAUGAGCCGUGCUGGAAUAGCACUAGCUAAUGGCUUCCCACUUGAUGAUGAGGAUGACGAUGAUGACGACGAGGCGGAUGAGGACUAUGCUGCGGCCGAGCAGGAUGACGAUGCAAACGAUUUCCCAUACUGGUUCCGUCGCCAACCUGCCCACAACCGUACAAAGCUGGAUGAACUGCAUCCUUUCGUCCAAUUGCUCUCCGUCUCUAAUGUCGAUGAUUGUGUGAAAGUAGAAGAAGCUUUCCCCGAGCAGGAGCGUUGCUCUCGCGAUAAGUUCGUUUACCGUCUCACCAGAUGCCCUGAGCUCAGUCUAGGCCUAUUCACUCUUCCUCUGCUCGCGGAAGGAGAAACCAAACCCCGCCCAACGCUCAUUGGGCACAUCGUCUCUACGCGCACUUCAGAGCCGCUUGUGACAGAUCGGUCGAUGCGACUUCCGGCCAACUGGAAAAACGAGCGUUGGUCCUUCGAGGACGGACACGCCGUUGGUCAUGAAGAAGGUGGCAGCACUAUUGCCAUUCACUCGCUUGCUGUGGACCCAAAGCAUCAGGGCAAGCAGGUCGGAAGCACAUUGAUGAAGUCAUAUAUCCACCGGAUUCGAGAGGCCCAGAUUGCUGAGCGCAUCGCGAUCAUUGUACACGAUCACCUGAUUCCUUUCUACGAGUCAUUUGGCUUCGAGUCCCAUGGCCCUAGCAAGUGCCAAUUCGGUGGCGGUGGUUGGGUUGAUAUGAUCCUGGAGUUUGGCCCCGAGCCUGUUGAGGAGUAA